UCAUCGAUAAGUUUGACUACGUCUUCGCAGAGAACGGCACAGUGCAGUACAAGAAUGGGCAGCUGGUAUCCAAGCAGGCCAUUCAGGACCACUUGGGGGAAGAGCUGCUGCAGGAUCUAAUCAACUUCUGUCUCAACUACAUGGCGCUGCUGAAGCUGCCCAAGAAACGAGGAACCUUCAUUGAGUUUCGCAACGGGAUGCUGAACAUCUCCCCCAUCGGACGGAGCUGCACGCCAGAGGAGCGAAUCGAGUUCUCCGAGCUGGACAAGAAAGAACGGAUCCGGGAGAAGUUUGUGGCAGCCUUGCAGAGGGAGUUUGCUGGCAAAGGCCUGCGUUUCUCUCGAGGUGGCAUGAUCAGCUUUGACGUCUUCCCAGAGGGCUGGGACAAGCGCUACUGCCUCAACGUGCUCGACGAUGAGAGAUUUGACACCAUCCACUUCUUUGGGAACGAGACGACACCUGGAGGGAACGAUUAUGAAAUCUAUGACGAUCCCCGCACAGUGGGACACAGCGUUCAGUGCCCCCAGGACACGGUCCAGCGAUGCCGCGAAAUCUUCUUCCCGGAGAGAGCAAACGAGUGCUGACUGCCAGGUCCCUGCAGUCCUGCCCUGGCCCCACGCUGUGUCCCCCUCACCAGGAGGAGCACCUUCAUUUGAGGAAUCUGCUCAGGGUAGACCGAAAAAAACCACUUUCCAGAGCUGGUUGGGAUGUAACA